UUCAAGGUCGCCACCCCGCGCAUUCGAGAAAAUAGAUGCUCGCGGGGAUAUCGAGGUCAUAUAUGGGCAAGAGGUCACCGAUGAUACCCGACAAUCUUACGAGACUGGAAAAACCGGACUUUUAAUCUCCAAGAAGGAUUCUCGAUCAACGAGUGCGACUAUUCCCGUACCGAACGAUGACCUCUCCGCCCGCGACGGCAAGGCAGCGAAUAAAGCCCGCAGCAAGCCUAAGAAAGAAGGAUUCGAUGCUUGGUGGUGGUGGGAAAUAGGGGCAACAGCGUUCAGUUUCAUCACCGUUAUCCUCGUCAUCAUUUUCCUUAGUCGAAUCGACGGGAUGCCCUUGGCCGACUGGAAUCGGCGCAUUCAGCCCAACACUAUAAUAUCCAUCCUCACCACCGUUAUUAGAUCAUCUAUGAUGAUUCCGGUAGCAUCAUGCAUCGGCCAAUACAAGUGGUGGCACUUCAGACGGCCCGAGAAACUGAAGGACCUUCAAAGCCUGGACGAGGCAAGUCGGGGGCCAUGGGGCUCCCUUAUGUUACUUUUCGACAUCAAGCUUUGGGGGCCGACCAUUGCUUUUUAUCUUGGUGCAGUUACCAUUCUGGCUUUAGGGAUCGAACCGAGCGCCCAGCAGAUCCUCGCAUUUCCAACACGGCAAGCUCAAUUACCCAAUAUCACGGCGGGGAUUGGUGCAGUGACAAAUUGGACGACUGAGGCCUCAGCUUCCACAGACACAUCAUUACCAUGGACCCGUUUCAAAGCCGCUGUUCUAAAUGGCGGUAUUGGUUCGCCUCAGCCAGCCGACUUUUACUGCCCCACACCGGCGACGCAAUGUUCUUGGGACGACUUCACGACCCUAGCUCUCUGCGGCGACAUAACGGAUUUCUGUAAUAACACAAGCGCGGUCAAUGUAACGUGUUGGACUAACAACACCAUAGCAUCUCAAUGCGGCAGCACCGAAGACGCGCAAGUAUGCAACUACACCUUUCCGUUAGAUUCAUCUGCGCCCCCAAUAUAUCUCGGCCAUAAUAGCAGUAACGUCGUACCCAUGCUACUAUCCGGCUUCGGAGAUCAAUGCAAACCGAAUCUCCAGUACGGAUUUUGGACGUCAGUCGAAGAAGGCGGGUUCGCGGGGACGAAGCUUGGUAUUGUACGACCGCCAUCAAUUCAGCAAAGCUAUUCCCCCGACGAAGUUGAGCUUUAUCUCAUCACUUGGCAAUGGUGCGCAAGGACAGUUCAUAACCUCACAGCUACACCCGGCGGUGUCGAGUUCCACUCUAUGACCGAAGAGAAUUUGGUAACGAAAUCGACGGAUCGAGGUUGGAUCCUAGAAGCGCCAUCAACUGGGUUACAGUAUUACUCUUAUGCGCCUAACUGGUUCGACUUCCUGGAGGAUUCUUUCACCUCCGAUAUUCUCGCCAGUGCGCCUGAUAUGAAGAACCUCACGAGAAAUAUCGCAGAUACUAUCAGUAACUUAGUCACAAGCAACAAUACCAUUCGCAGCCAAAAUCUUCGAACAGUACCGGGAAAGGCAUAUCAUGAAGAAGUAUACAUCCAUGUUCGUUGGUAUUGGCUUAUCCUCCCUAUCCUCGAAACUGUCUUGACGGGUAUCUUCCUUGCGGCAUCUAUUGCGCUUAGUCGUCAUCAACCGCUAUUCAAGAAUUCGAUCUUGUCUUAUCUAGCCCACGGACUCGAGGGAUGGAGGAGAGGGGAACCCGACGUGGAAUACCCGGAGUCGACGGAUAAGUUACAGGGUAUACUGGGUGAACGGACUGCGAAACUUGAUCGUGGAGGUGAUGGUCAGCUAAAGUUGAGGAGGUGCGUUACUUAACCGUCGCAUAGGAUUGUUAGAAGCGUCGUUUCGAUGAAUUUAAAACCGGUACGGAUCAAUUGUGAAUGUGUAAUAUUGGUUACCAAUAGUAACCAUGGUUCUAGAGUGAUCCAUUGGUAGUAGUUCCUAGUCGGCGAUUAGCAUUAUAUAGAAAGACCGUGAAUGCGGGGUGAUAUGAAAGGCUCGAUUGAUUUCAUUUGGACAUUUGUCGCUAUUGACUCGAGUCUAACUAGCUGUUC